AUGAAUGCGAUCGACCCCGCCGAUCGGCCACCCAUGAAUCAGGUUCGAAAUUCAGUUUUUUUGUUUUUUUUUUCGGCCCUCGAGUUUUUUUUCGAUUUUGUGGUCCCUCUCUUCACCAUUCCCAGUCGUUCCAAUCAACCAACAACAAAAGUGCCAUAUCGUUAA